AUGUCUGACAGCCAACCCGACGUUUCUGACCUCACCUACGACCCCAACGCCGUCCCUUGGCGACCCCCACUCCCACAACGCCAACUUGACCAAUUUUCUCGCAACCAUCCACCCGAUAAUCGUCCACUCCUUGAACGAGUCCAGGACAACUCUUAUGAGCUCUGGUACCUAGAGCAACAUCCACACAUGCAAGUGCACAUCAACCGUCUUCGUAACGAACACGACCCGCAGCGACGAGUCGAGCGUGAACUAGCCUUUGAGCAACAACGAAGUAAAGAUUUACAAAACUUCUUUGAGGCAGGUGUAGCCGAGUUAGAGUGCCUACGACAACUGGAAGAAGAACAGACUGCGUAUCAGAGACAGCAGCUGAGAAAGGAAGCACGGCUGAAUGUGCAGAUGGCAGAGCUUGAGAGCUUGCCUCAUCCUCCUCGCCGGAGCCAGAGCAUCGGAAACUACCACUCACGUGAAAGUCCUAUGGGUGAGAACGGUAGUACAAGACACCGAGCCUCAAGCGGCCAUGCAUCUCAACGUGGUAGCGACAUGGACGGGAUUGGCGGUGGUGAUCACCGAGCUCUGAGCCGCCACGGCUCUUGCUCAACUUCACGCGUACAGGGACCUACUGACCCCCAACAAAUUGCUGAUCUCCUGGACCAUUUCCGCCCGCUUGGAGGAUUUUGGAAUACGCGCUGA